CAGCUCGAGUGUGUAAUCCUCCCUCUGGCCUCCCCUUCAGUCUUGCACAGGUGUACUGGCUCCUCCCCUCCAGUCUUAUACAGGUGUACCGGCUCCUCCCCUUCAGUCUUGCACAGGUGUACCGGCUCCUCCCCUUCAGUCUUGCAUAGGUGUACCGGCUCCUCCCCUUCAGUCUUGCACAGGUGUACCGGCUCCUCCCCUUCAGUCUUGCACAGGUGUACCGGCUCCUCCCCUUCAGUCUUGCACAGGUGUACCGGCUCCUCC